AUGGUGUCUCCCCUGCCAGGUAAGUAUGCCUGCCCCGCCGCGCCGCCCCCGGGCCCCGCCCGCCGCACGCCUCGCCACCGCACGGCCAGCGCCGCCCCGGCCCCGCUCCCGCCCGGCCCCGCGCUGCGGCCCGGCCCGCACGGGGGGCGGGCUGCUCCGGUGCCCCGUGCCGCGCCCGGUGCCGCGCCGCCCGCGGCGCUGCCGGUCACCGUUCGCUUCCCGUCCGCAGCGCCCAUCGCCACCUCCAGCACCAUCUUCCAGCGCGGCUUCGAGCGGGCGCUGCGCCGGCAGAACAAGGAGCAGGUGCCGCCGGCCGCGGCCCCGGAGCCGCCGCCGCGGAAGCAGCACACCGGCAAGGGCGGCAGGAAGGCACCGGGCGGCGACGCUGGAGCCCGGCCCGGCCGCUGCCGCUCGCUGGAGGAGGCCGUGAAAGCCCUGGACCUGGCGGAUCUGCAGAAGGAGCUGCAGAAGAGCCGCAGCGUGUUCCCCGAGAACCCCUCGGUGUGGGUGAAGGACCUGGCUGGCUACCUCAACUACAAGCUGCAGGCACCCCGGAGCGACCCCGUGCUGAGCCAGCACCCCCACGACUACCCGUACUGCCUGGUGGGCAAGGAGCUGAGGAGCAUCAUCCGCUCCCUGCUGGCAAAGGCCUCGGACGUCCUGGAGCUCUUCUUUGACCACUGCAUCUACACCAUGCUGCAGGAGCUGGACAAGGCCCAAGGGGAGUCCCUGCACGGCUACAGGAUCUGCAUCCAGGCCCUGCUGCUGUACAGGCCCCGCAUUGCCACCACCAACCUGGGCAAGUACCUGGAGGUGCUGCGCUCCCAGCAGAGCCGCCCGGCCAAGUGCCUGACCGUGCUGUGGGCACUGGGGCAGGCUGGCUUCACGGACCUGCACGAGGGCCUGAGGGUGUGGCUCGGCGUCAUGCUCCCGGUGCUGGGCAUCAAGGCCCUGUCGCCCUACGCCGUUUCCUACCUGGACCGGCUGCUGAUGAUGCACCCCAACCUCACCAAAGGCUUCGGCAUGAUCGGCCCCAAGGACUUCUUCCCCCUCCUGGACUUCGCCUUCAUGCCCAACAACUCGCUGUCCCCCAGCCUGCAGGAGCAGCUGCGGCGCCUGUACCCGCGGCUGAAGGUGCUGGCCCUGGGCGCCCGGCCCGAGGCAGCCCUGCACACCUACUUCCCCUCCUUCCUGUCCCGAGCCAUGCCAGCCUGCCCGCCCGCCAUGAAGGAGGAGCUCCUGAGCUCCUUGAGCCAGUGCCUGAGCCUGGACCCUCUGAGCUUCAGCGUCUGGAGGCAGCUCUACACCAAGCACCUCGCUCAGUCCAGUUUGCUGCUGAACCACCUCCUGGAGUCCUGGGAGAGCAGCAGCAAGCAGGUGCAGCAGUCACUGCAGGAAACGGUUCGCUCCUUCACGGUGACAAACGAGGAGCUGGCAGCCAGGGGGGCUGCAGGGGACACGGACGUGGCCGCCUGUGACACUGCCUGCAAGGAGCUGCUGUGCAAGAUGAGGGGCCGGGGGCUGCCCUGGCCACGGCUGCUGCUCGUCCUGCUGCUCUGUGCUGCUGCCUUCGUCCUGCACGACGUGCACACGCACGGCUCCUUCCAGGCCUCGUCUUGUGCCCGGCUGCUGCGCUCCUCCGGCGUGCUGCCCGCCUCCCAGCUGGCCUGGCAGAAGGUGUCCCAUGCCUGCCUGCAGGGCUACAGGUGGCUGGAGCACGGCCUGGCCCAGCACGGUUCCGUGGCCCUGUCUGUCCUGUGGCCACAGCUGGAGCUGCUCUGGAAGACGAGCGCAGAGGUGGCCUGGGCUGUGUCCCAGCAGGGCUGCUCCCUGCUCUCCUGGCUCCAUGGCAGCCUGCCCUGGCUCGGCGACUGGCUGCAGAGCCGGCUCCCCGAGGCGCUGCUGCACCUGGCCGAGUGUGCGCGGGAGCUGCUGCUGUUCCUGCUGCACAGCUGCCUGCUGCCGCUGCUGCAGGGCCUGGCUGCGGCGCUGCAGUGGGGCUGGCAGAGCUGCCUCGACUCCUGCAGCGGGGCGGUGACGUGGGCGUGCGUGCGGGACCACCUGGUGGGCUUCACGCGCUGCUCCUGGCUGUACCUGCAGGACGCCGCGCUGGCCCUGCGCGACUGGGCCCUGGCCAUCAUCUCCGGGCACUGACCCCGUGUUCCGGCUGCCCGGGGUGCCCGGGGGGCAGUGCCCGCAGGAACUUUGGGGCACCUCGGGGCUUUCGGGGAGUUUGUUUUCGGGGCAGACACACACGUCCAGGUUUUCCACCCGCUGUGACCCCUUUGGCUUUCCCUGUCCCGCUGCCCCCGGGUGGGUGACCCCCUCCCCGUGUGCCUCAGCUGCUCACAGGAUCGGGGGUGGGCACCUGGAGCCCCCCGCCUCCCCACCCCUCCCCACCGGUCAACAAACGGAUUUAUUUUAUUAUUUUUUCCUUACAAUCGC